GAGCGGAGGACUGUAGUGGGAUACAAAGUAAUCCUUAGGUCGCUGGUUCGAAUCCGGCUCGAAGGACUCUCUUUUGAUAAGUAUUCCAGUGUCUGGAAAUGACCGCAAAAUAUAACAGAACGUAUAGCGAUAUAGUAUCUGUAAGGAACGUAUAACGAUGCGACGAAUGAGUAGACACAUUACGUUCUUUUUUGGUAAAUGUUUACGGGUCUUUACAAAAAAAACUUCGAGUUCGUGUAUGUGUUGUCGGGGGAUUAGCUCAAAUGGUAGAGCGCUCGCUUAGCAUGCGAGAGGUAGCGGGAUCGAUGCCCGCAUCCUCCAUUAUUUACUUUGUUUACCCUAGUGGAUGCGCUGCUAUUUACAGUAACACGUUGGCUUUGCGCAAACAAACCAUCUACAACGAAACCCUUAAUAAAUGCUACUGCGUGCUGCCUGCAUGUUAAGCGAGAAAAGCUCAACUAAACCAGCCAACCGGAAAGAACUUUGCUUUUACGUGAGCAAACCAUGAGCCAAUCAACGCACGAGUUGUUGUCGUUCCGCGGAGACGGGGGUCGAUGGGUUUGUUUGGGUUUAAAGAGCUGGCUGUUGGUCGGGAAAUGGGACGCACAUGAAAUAUGAAAACAUUACAGUAAUAAACACAUUCCUUAAAGAAAACCCUGGCAAUUUAUGCACUUACUCUGUCUGUGUAAUCGGAGCUGUCGUGUGGGAGCACCAGUGCCUUCAACAAGGAAAGAACGAUUUUUGCAUUCAUUAUUUGCAAGUGUCACUGUUAAAUAUGCAUCACCUCAGGGAAUUCAGAAGACCAAUACACGACUUCAAUCCUGCAUCACUGUCUGGAUUGGUUUGACCUUCUUCAUGAGGGACAGGGCAAGAAAUUUGGGCGAUCCUUCAGGCUCGGAGUACAAUUAUGGAGUUCCGCUUCGGAAAUGUGAUUUUCAGCUCCAAGUUCGAUUCGGGUAAUUUGGGACGGGUUGAGAAAGUGGACCGCUCUGAGCCGGAGGGGGAAUCUCAAUUAACGGGGACCGGGAUAGCCGUACCCGGGGUCCUGGCUGGGGGUGCUCCCAACCCGGACUAUGAGUUCAACGUUUGGACUAAACCCGAUUGCGCCGACACCGAGUUCGAAAAUGGGAACAGGUCCUGGUUCUAUUUUAGUGUCCGUGGCGCAGUCCCGGGAAAGGUUAUUAAAAUCAAUGUGAUGAACAUGAACAAGCAGAGCAAGCUGUACUCGCAGGGCAUGGCGCCGUUCGUGAAGACGUUGCCCAUGAAGACGCGCUGGGAGCGGUUGCGCGACAGACCGACAUUUGAGAUGGUGGAGAACCAGUUCAUUCUGUCUUUCCAUCACCGAUUGCUGGAGGCACGGGGGACCACAACGUACUUCGCCUUCUGCUACCCGUUCUCCUAUGCCGAAAGCCAGGACAUGCUACAGCAGCUGGAUCAGAAAUUUGUCAACACUAUGCACCUCAGUCCGAACAGUCCCUUAGACUCCGUGUACUACCACCGGGAGGCGCUGUGCCUGUCGCUGGACGGCCGCCGCGUCGACCUCGUCACCGUCACCUCCUGCCACGGGAUGCUGGAGGAGAGGGAGCCGCGGCUCGAUAGGCUGUUCCCUGAAAGCCACGCCCCCCGGCCUCACCGAUUCGCCGGGAAGCGGGUGUUUUUCCUGAGCAGCCGGGUGCACCCGGGCGAGACCCCCUCCAGCUUCGUCUUCAACGGCUUCCUGAACUUCAUCCUGAAGCAGGACGACCCCCGCGCCCAGAUGCUACGCAGGAUGUUCGUCUUCAAGCUCAUCCCCAUGCUCAACCCCGACGGGGUCGUCCGGGGUCACUACAGAACGGACUCCAGAGGGGUCAACCUCAACCGGCAGUACCUGAACCCCAGCUGGGAGCUCCACCCCUCCAUCUACGGUGCCAAAGCUGUGAUCCUGUACCACCACCUGCACAACCGCGUGGGGCCCGACGCGCCCGACUGGAGGACCUUCGCCUCGUCCCCGUCCUCCAACCCGCUGAGCACACGAUCUUCCAACCAUUCCAACACGGGUGGGCGGAGCCCGCCCCAGGCCCUGCCCCCGCCUGCCGCGCCCCGCCCCUCCGCCGCCGAGCGCAGCCGCAACCUGCGCAACAGCGAGGAGCUCGGCGAGGGUGACCUCCUCCCGCUCCUCGGCUGCCCCGGCGCCCCCGAGAUCGCCAUGGUGACGGAGGAGAACGGGGGCCGGCCCUGGGGCGUGGAGGCGGAGCCCCAGAAGGGGGUGGAGCCGGACUGUGACGGGGAGGGCGAGGGCGAGGGGGAGGGACCCUGCGACCAUAACGAGGCGCCGCACGCCUUCAAGGCGGCCACGCCCCCAGAGGCCCCGCCCAACCCCGCCGCCGCUGCCGCUGCUGCCGAGGACGUCCCCCCGCAGGAGAGCGGCGUGGCGUUCUACGUGGACCUCCACGGCCACGCCUCCAAGCGCGGCUGCUUCAUGUACGGGAACAACCUGUCGGAGGAGAACGAGCAGGUGGAGAACCUGCUGUACCCGAAGCUGAUCUCCCUCAACUCGGCGCACUUCGACUUCAUGGGCUGCAACUUCUCCGAGAAGAACAUGUACGCCAAAGACAAACGGGACGGUCAGUCCAAGGAGGGCAGCGGCCGCGUCGCCAUCCACAAAGCCAUCGGGCUCAUCCACAGCUACACGCUGGAGUGCAACUACAACACGGGACGCUGUGUGAACACCAUCCCCCCCGCCUGCCAUGACAACGGCAGGGCCACCCCGCCCCCUCCCCCGGCCUUCCCCCCCAAGUACACGCCUGAGAUCUACGAGCAGGUGGGCAGGGCGGUUGCCGUGGCAGCGCUGGACAUGGCGGAGAGCAACCCGUGGCCCCGCCUCGUCCUGUCGGAGCACAGCUGCCUGGCGAACGUGCGCGCCUGGAUGCUCAGGCACGUGCGGAACAGCCGCAGCGUCUCCAACGGCGGCAGCAAGAAGAGCAGCGGCAGGGCGCCGCCCAAAGGGCUCGGCACGGGCCUGACCACCUCGGCUUCGGAGAACGCCCUCAGCCGCAUCCGUGGCAACGGCACCGGCACCGUCGGCAACGGCGGGCAGCAGGUCUCCCCCCCCCAGCUGAAGAGCUCCCCCAGCUUCACCUUCGGCUGCAGCCAGCCCCCCCGCGCCUCCGGACCGCCCCCCAGAGCCCUGGGUCCCGUGCGAGAGUCAAAAGCUCAGGAGAAGAGGCGGUCCCUCCAGCGCUCAGUGCGAACUGCCGCCAGCAACCCCAGCCUCCACCACCCGGCCCCCGCCCCGGCCCCCUCCCCCGCCCCGUGCCCCGCCCUCCUCCCCCUCUCCCCGUCCUCCACCACCUCGUCCUCCUCCUCUUCCUCGGCGGCCGCGGGGACGCCCCGGGCCGGGCCGGCGGCCCUGGGGCCCUGCGCCAUCCCCGCGUCCUUCAGCAUGGCAGGAUACAGCUGCCAGAAUUCUCACAAUGGCUUGCAAAACAAAGACUUUCCUGUACGGAAUGGGAGACCUGGGAAAUGUAGUUCCAAGCUUCCGGAGUCCCCGAGUCCUCUGCAGAAUUCUGUGAAAGAAGGAACCUUCAGUUUUCUGACGUCCGUGGAAUAUUCCAGGUCUGAGCUGCAGCGGCGGCCGAGCCGGAUCCCGGUGAGCAAGGCGGGGCCGGCGGCCGCGGAGAAGAGGCUGGCGCGCUCGGUCAGCCUGGCGGAGGGCGCCUCCAUGAGGGUGUGGAAGCUCAUCAAGCCGGGCAUCGGGCGGAAGCUCUCGCUGGCCGGCGCUUCAAAGAAGGAAGACUCUGCCCUGCAGCCUACCUCCAGGUCACUACUGAAGAAAACGGGCAGGAGCUUGCUCUACCUGGUCAGCACUGACACAGAGGCCAAGAAUGCCCCCCAACAGGAGAGCCCCCUGGUGGCCAACCCCUUGGUGUCUGAGCCUAUACCCGUGUGCGGAAAGGUACCACUCUGUGGUGAGGCGUGACGGGACCGAAAAUCACGCCAGGCCCCCGCCCCCCCCGCCACCCGUCAGUCUCUAACACGGGUGUGUCAGAAUCCAGAAUCCUGCCGGUUCUCAGCGCACUUCUGCGCCAGGGAUUCGCUGAAGUCGUCGGAUCCGCACACCUCGUUGUCGAGGCCUGGAAUCAGGGCUGCCUGUUCCUGGAGAUCUACCAUCCUGUCGGUUUUCACUUCAGCCCUGAUGUAACACACCUCACUCAUCAGCGAGAGAUCUCGCUGAGCUGCCAAGUGGUAGAAUCGGACGUGCCAAAUUACGGUCGGAAUGAAAACCUGCAGGAAGGUAGAUCUCCAGGAACAGGGUUGGGCAGCCAUGCCUUAAAUGGCCAGUGUUUGAAAGGAAGGAACAAAUACCUGCAACCCUCUGGCAGUGUAACCCCUGGGGCCUCUUUCACAAAGCAGGGAUUAGUGAGUUAGCCGGAUAACUGCGCUGAGUAAAACCCAGAACAGCUGUUUUCACUUGAGUCCAUGUUCCAGAUUUGAGAUGGUUCCAGGUUUUACUCUGUGCAGUUAUCCUGCUAACUCAGUAAUCCUGCUUUGUGAUACAGGCUCCAGGUCCAAGGCAACACACUGUCCAAGAGACUGCAUCCGUUACUGUGGAGACAGUAAUUACCCGUCCAGGUAAUUUGGGUGGCGAAUGAUACAAAUGAUUUGCACAAGAUUUUUUUUUACAGUUAUAUCUGCACCUUUUUAUCUCCCUGUCAAAAUGGGCUCCAUUUGCUAUUAAUUUUACAAAUUUUAAAAGGCAGUGCUGUUUGGGCAGUGAUCUGGUGCAGCUCUGGACCAAAUCUGGCCUUUAUGUAUGUAGCAUUUCGGCAACAUUCCAACAAAAUGUUAUUUUUAACACUGUGUCUCAUUUUGAUUUUUGUGUUGUGUCACCUUUAUAUUGCAAAUACGGAAUUGCUGCAGAAUUGAAUUUUUUGCUCUGUGUGUUUAUAUAGUCUCCUGGUACAGUAGACUUGUAAAAAAUGCCCCAAACCAGGGACUGUUUCAAGGCUUUUCCUAAAUGAACAUAGUUACCAUUUUAAAGCCCUGAAGUGAAGAAGCUGUGAACCUUUUAAGCAACACUCUAAACCGUUUAAAUGUGAAUGUGUUCUGUAUUUACAUUUUUUUUUAAAGGCCAGAUGGUUGUUGGUAACUUAAGCGUUGAAAACAUGGGUUUUAUGAAAAACAGGACCAAUUCAAUGUGAAAAUUUGCACUCUCUCGAAAAAGCUUCAAUGCACAUUGUAACCUGUCAUAUCAGAACAGGGCCAUUGAGAAAUUAUGUGUAUGUAUUUUUAAAAAUCAAUAAACAAAUACAAAUGUG